UGUCUGUAAUUAAUUUGAUAAAAGAGCGUAUUUUACUUUUGAGUAGAAAAAAAAACAUUAACAUCAAGAAAAACUUAAUUAACUGAUUGUAUAUGUCAAGCUGAAGAAGCGAAACGACAUGAAUUCUGUGAAAAUUUUUAAAGAACAAAGAGACUCUGAUGAACACCCAAUUGAUGCAAAGGUUGAUGCAAAUGAAUGUGAAGAAAGCCCUCUAUUAAACACUAAUGAAACGGAUGGUUUAAAAGGUGCAUAUGAGGAGUGUCCCAUGUUGCAUAAUAAUAAAACAGCUGAAAUAUCCGAACCCAAAAAGGAAAAUAUUAGGUGCAGUGAUAAAGAGAAAAAUAGAAAGGUAUCUUUUCCUACUGAUAAGAAUUUAGUAACUGGUUACUUUGAGCCAGUAAAUCCUUGGGAAGGAGUUUCACGAGUAUCCGCCGAUGAACUUUGCAAUUUGUACAAAGCUUCUUGCGUUAAACACAAGACUGAACCUUUAGUCGUGGUACUUAAUCAUUUGAAGUCAUUGGAUAACACAAAUGAGCAUAGAACAAAUAACUUGGAUCUACAUAAUCAAAUAUUAACACACGAAAAUGUAGAAUGUUUAGAGGAAAUAUUGAAACACAUUCAGUAUAAAGCGAUAGAUGUUUCUGGUUGUCAAUUAGAUGAUGUGUCAGCAGCUGCAAUUUUUGAUAUGGUAGAGUUUUAUGAAGCUGCAAAUGAAUUGAAUAUAUCAGAUAACAAGGAUAUAACUAACAGAGGAUGGCAGUCAUCUGUAAAUAUGGUAAAGAGGAGUCAAUCACUGGAAGUCUUAGAGGCACGAGGUGUUCCAAUCAGUGAGAUAAGUGCAUCAAAUUUGGGAAAGGCUUUAUUUGGUUCUUGUUUACACACCAUUAAAUUAGAACACUGCGGAAUGACUGGAAGACCCAUAGCUACUUUUUGCCAUGCAUUACGCAAAGUUAAUGUACUUAAAGAACUUUGGUUGUCUAACAAUGAUCUAAAUAGUUUUGAUGCUUACAAUAUUGGCUGUUUACUAAAAGUAAACUAUUCUAUACAAUUUUUAGAUAUAUCAAAUAAUAAUAUACAGGAUGAGGGAAUAUCAUAUUUAGCUGAUGCUCUUAUACAACAGAACAAUUGUAUUCGCAAUCCAAGUUCAGAUAGCUGCAGCGUACAUCUGGAUUAUUCAGAAUUAUCAGCAAGUUUGAAUUUGCUUAACAACAACAAAAGUUUGUCACCAUCGUUCAAAAAAUUAACCAUCAAUAGCUCUGAGGAAUUGUAUGAUAAACAAAAAACUAAGUCGACACAGUUUUUGUCUAAUAAUAAUAAUAAUUUUAACGAUGAAGACCAAGAAUUAGAAAAACACAAAGAGAUGGCCACCUUCACUUCAGAAAAUUUGAAGAAAAAAGAAGAAAAAGAACAAACGUAUCAAUGUGAAAUUGCAGAAAAAAUAGAUGAUAAAGAUCCAUCAAAAGAAAUGGAAAGCUUAAGUUUGAAAAAAACACAGCCCCUAGAGUCUUUCUUAAAAGUAACAUUAAACGAUGAAAUGAGUGAAAAAGAUGCAAAAUAUUAUCCUGAACGUUCCUUUAGUUCUGAAAGCUUAAACAGCUUAGCAUCGAUAGACUCGAAUGACUCAAAGUCUUCAAUUCGCAUUAUUGAAGCAAAAUUUUCAAAAAAUGGUACAUUAGAAAGACAACAAUCGACUUCAAGUCAAUUUGAAGAGUCAAUCAAAGGUCAAACAGGAUUACAAGUAUUAUUAUUGUGGAACAACAAAAUAACAAAGAAUUCGAGUAAAUCGUUUUCGGAACUACUGUCAACAACGACUGUUUUGCAAAUAUUAAAUAUUGGUAGAAACAAUCUGGGAAACGAUUUUCUUUUUCACAUAAAACCGAGCAUUAAGGCAAAUCUGAGUUUGACUAGUCUUGGUUUACAAGCUUGUCAUUUAUCAUGCUCUGGAAUCAAAGCGUUGUCAGAAGUCAUAGAAUUUGGAGGAAAUUCUAUUUUACAAAGAAUCGAUCUUCGCGAUAAUAAUCUUCAAUGUGAAGGAUUGGAAUCUUUGAAUGAUGCCUUAAAGUCAAACAGGUCCAUAACACAAAUAGAUUUAGAUGAUACACCACGAAAAUUUUCAGAAUCUUUUGAUUCAACAAACUUUAAUCGCUUAAUCAAUAAUAUUCGAGCUCACUGCAAAAGAAACUCAAGUGCAUAUGUUGACAGUGAACAAACACCAACAACAACCACAGUUGAAACAUCAUUUGAGCUCAUGGACAAACCUUGGAAGAAUGUACAAAAUCAAGACUCUAAAACAUAUGUUAAAAUAAUUGAAAAGCCAUUGUUGUUUUAUUCGAGGUUCGGUUUUAAAGUCAGUUUGUGUCAUGGCUAA